AUGGCGGCUCUUCCUGGGAAAUCACCCGAUACCUCAAGCGUCACGAUAAAAGUUGGGGAAACAGAACAUCUUAUCAACACCAAUAAAUUUCCUUACUUCAAGGCCUUUCUGAACUUCCAGCAAAAGUCUGGCCAGAAUACUACUCCUGUGCCAACUCAUGGUGAUAUCCCCUUUUUCGAUGUCAUCAACUACGGAGUAUCCAACGGAUUCCGACACUUCUUUCGUCGCAUGCCUGUUCAGCUCUCCGACUACCAUACACUCUGCGAAACCCUCGAGUUUCUUACUAUUGACGUCCUCAAAGGGCAAAAGCUGCGUGAUAUCAUGAACGAUCUGAGGAAGUGCAAAUCCGAUUAUGAUAGGUUCGAUGGGACUGGAACCAUGGGGCAAAAAAGCAUUGCACGAGACGCGUCUUUUAGGCUCUUGUAUAUAUUCCUCCUCGGUGAGUUCGAAUCGGAGGCCCAGGAUAGGGCAAUGGCCUACAAUGCGGCUCUGUUCGUGGUGUCUCACCCUGGAACCUUCAAGCAGAGAACUCGGAAGAUGGUUCGAGAAGCGUUCGAGGAAAGAUUUCUUGUUACGGAAAAGCAGAAAAAUGGGUUGGACAAGUGGCCCGUUUCUGAUCUUCUUGAGGACCUAGAGGACGAUUGUACGACCGAGGAAUCCUCUGAUUACCUUGAGGAUUCCGACUAUGCAUACUGGAGCUCUGACUAG